GUACGAGCUGCUCUGCGAGGGGAUGGAGAACGGGGGGUCCGAGAUGAAGGGCGCAGCGACCUGCAGUACGCCGGCCCGCCGGCCGCCGCCGCACCACCGCCACCCGCCGCCGAGGGAGAAGCUUCAACUUCCUCCGCCGCCACCGCCCCGCCCGCCGCCGCGUCCGCUGCCCCGCCCGCCGCCGAGCCGGCCGCAGCGGAGGCCGCAGCGGCGGAAGGCGCAGCGGAGGGCGCAGCGGCGGGGGCGGAGGCGGGCGGCGCAGGUGGUGGCGCGGUGCGUGCGGACGAGCCUCUCUUGCGGCCGGAGGAGCUGGCUCUGCUGCUUUGCGACGCGGCGCUGCAGCGCAAGCUGGCGGAGGUCGCGUCGCAGCCCGAGGCAGUGCUCGCCUUUCGGGAGGACGCCGUCCUGCUCGGCGUCCUCCUCUCCCUCGCCGAGCAGGGCUCUCCGGCCGGAGGAGGAGGAGGGGGCGGGGCGGCAGGGGGCACCCCGCAGCAGGUGGAAGUGGCGGACUGACAGCCGACAAGACACGCGCGGGGGCUGUGCGGGCUCAGAUGCGCUUGGCUGGGCGCGUGCUUUGCAUGGUCGGUGAACAGCACGUGGAUAUGCGCGAGCAGUGUCUCUCCGUCUCUCUCUCACCCGCCCCCCGGGCACCCCGCGCCGGAUCGCCUCGAUAACGCUCGUUGUAUUCCC